AUGAUGGACUACCCUACUGAAUAUAGUUUAAAUGUACCGUUGGUAGAUUACAUUGAACAUUACUCGCUAGUAGAAAAUGCACAGCUUGAAAUAGUUGAUGUUCCUGAUUUUUUUACUACAUUUGAUGUACCUAGUGAAAAUGCAAACAUAAUUAGUAAUACACAUUCUUUAAAAAUUAUAGAUAAUGUUAGGGUUUACGAUUCAUCGAUGCUAGAAAAUUUUAAUGGUACUUAUAUAGAAAAUUGCGAUUUAAUAUCCAAUUUUAGUGAUAAUUUUGGCGAUCCUAAAUUAGUUCCAUACUCAUCAAGUUCAGAAAACGAUAGCGAUAUAGCGAUAAUUCCUUGCCUGAGAAGAGUAAAUUCAGAAAAAGACGAGCUCAAGUAA